UUGGCGUGGCCCGCUGGUUUUACAAAAACUUUCCAGCAUCCGCUCACGAGUAUCUGUGAAUGCUCUCUGCCCAGUAUCCACUUUUACUCCAUCUGUCGAGAUCAUGCGCAGACGGAAGCUGAUUCUGGAAUAACAAUCUCUUGGUCCCAGUAUUUGAUAGCAUCCAGCCAGUAUCAAGAGCAAGGCAUAGUCCCGAAUCACCUAUACUGAACUAGGCUCCCUUUACAAAUUUCGUUGGAUGCUUACACGAUGACAACGCCUCUAUUGGUGUACUUCGAAACCACUACCAACUAGUCGUACUAAGCUAUGCUGUCGGUCGGAAGAGUGUCGUAAGUUUUCGUUAGAUUCAUUAAUUUAGGAAAUAAAAACGUGUUAAAAUUCAAUUGUGAGUGACAUUGAUGCUAAUUCAAUCCUAUGUAAAACGAUAAGGGUAACACAAUGCUAAUGGAAUCGAACAAAAUGUGAAGAAAAGUUCACCUGCAGUGAAGCGCAUGAAUGUGGAAGCAAAAGAAUCGACGCGUGAAUAAAUGACAGCUCCGGAUGUUGAUAGAAGUGACAGAACGCAUCGGAUGAAGAAAUACGAUAUUUAUUCGUGCUUUCUCAAUUCAUUCAAAAUGAUAAGGUCAAGCUUUUUGUUACGUAUCCUGAUAUUGUGCUACCUGUUGGCGACGUUAAUCGACCUGUGCGAAGCAAAUCCCGAUGCAAAACGACUGUACGACGAUCUACUCAGCAAUUAUAAUCGGCUGAUACGACCAGUAAGCAACAACACAGACACAGUUUUAGUGAAAUUGGGAUUGCGGUUAUCACAGCUGAUAGAUCUGAAUCUCAAGGAUCAGAUACUUACGACAAAUAUAUGGCUCGAACAUGAGUGGCAGGAUCAUAAAUUUAAAUGGGAUCCAGCAGAGUACGGUGGUGUGACGGAACUGUACGUGCCGUCCGAACACAUCUGGUUGCCGGAUAUCGUACUUUACAACAAUGCUGAUGGCGAGUACGUAGUGACAACUUUGACGAAGGCAAUCUUACACUACACCGGAAAAGUGAUUUGGACACCGCCAGCCAUUUUCAAGUCAUCAUGCGAAAUUGACGUACGAUAUUUUCCGUUUGAUCAGCAGACGUGCUUCAUGAAAUUCGGAUCGUGGACGUAUGAUGGAAAUCAGAUCGAUCUGAAGCAUAAAAAUCAACUUAACAACUCCGACAAUAUGGUAAAGAUUGGAAUAGACCUACGUGAAUACUACCCGAGCGUGGAAUGGGACAUACUGGGGGUGCCAGCCGAACGUCACGAAAAAUACUAUCCCUGCUGUGCAGAACCGUACCCCGAUAUUUUCUUCAACAUCACAUUAAGACGAAAAACACUAUUCUACACAGUCAAUUUGAUAAUACCGUGUGUCGGCAUCUCAUACCUCUCAGUGUUGGUGUUCUACUUGCCAGCUGAUUCGGGCGAAAAAAUUGCAUUGUGCAUCAGCAUUCUGUUGUCGCAGACCAUGUUCUUCCUUCUGAUAUCGGAAAUCAUACCUUCUACCUCGCUGGCUCUGCCCCUGCUCGGCAAGUACCUGCUGUUCACCAUGAUACUGGUUGGAUUCAGUGUCGUGAUCACCAUUAUUAUACUGAACAUUCACUAUCGCAAGCCGAGCACACACAAGAUGGCACCGUGGGUCAGGAAGUUCUUCAUACUGCGACUGCCAAAAUUGCUCCUGAUGCGGGUGCCAAACGAUUUGCUUAAGGAGCUGGCAGCCAAUAAAAUAAACUACGGAAUCAAAAUCAGCAAAAGCAAAUUUGGUGCAGCACUGGCGGCCCACUCUCAAAUGCAGCCGAACUCGGGAGGUUCAAGCCCGGAUUCAAUCAGACACAUGCAAGGCCGGCCUGGGGGGUGCAACGGUCUACACUCAACGACUGCCACGAAUAGAUUCAGCGGACUGGUUGGAGCCCUCGGAGGAGGGCUCAGUAGCUUAGGAGGGUACAACGGGCUUCCAUCGGUAAUGUCUGGUUUGGAUGAAUCGCUGAGCGAUGUGGCGCCGAGGAAGAAAUACCCAUUCGAACUGGAGAAGGCCAUUCAUAACGUUAUGUUUAUACAGCAUCACAUGCAGCGCCAGGACGAGUUUAAUGCGGAGGAUCAAGAUUGGGGCUUUGUGGCGAUGGUAUUGGAUCGUUUAUUUUUAUGGUUAUUUACAAUAGCGUCAUUAUUCGGCACAUUUGCAAUCCUCUGUGAAGCACCCUCGUUGUACGACGAUACCAAACCGAUUGACAUCGAGUACUCCAUUAUUGCCCAGAAACUGUUCAACCUCACCGUUAAGGAUCCGCGACAUUCAUAAGGAGGUGCAGUCUGCUCUUUCUUAUUCAGGACAGUAUAGAAAACUCAAUCUUAAGCCAGCAGAAACUUUGUUGUCAAGUGAAUAACAGGCGUUCCGACAAAUCAAGUCAUUUCACUCCAGAGUUGCUGUACGUAAAUGUAAUCGUAUUAAUUGAAGGAAACAGUUUUUCAUAACGUUAUUAUCAAAUCACUGCAAGAAUAACUCAUGGUUAAUAUCAAAAACUUGAAACUAUACGGAAAUCCUAAAACAUGAACAGUGAAAGUGACUAUCAAUUAAUCAAUGAACAUGUUUUUAAAACAUUGAAAUAAAUUAAUCUGUUUUAGAUAGAA